GCGAGUACCUGCGGGAUGCAAAAGCGGCAGGCCAGGAAGAGGCACGCGCCUGCCCGCGCCUCCCCCCGCCAGCGGGCGAGCUUCGCUGAGAGCCUGAGGGGCGAACCCCCGGCGGUCUGGGUGGCUUGGCGGAGCGCCUGGGCCGGGCGUCCAUCCCUCUCCCCACCCACCGCCGGCUGCUCUCCGCCUUCCCUUCCCCGCCGCUGCUUUUUGCAGCCUCUCUCUCGGUCUUCACUACCGGGUCAGGCUCUGAGGGAAGCGAGUGAGGGAGGCAGCCAGCCAGCUCCCCACCUCCGACAUACACAACCCGCCCUUCUUUUUCUCUCCUCCCUCCAGUUACUGUACAACUAGUAUACGCGCGCACACAACGCACGCCCAGCAUCCUGGCGGCUGCCGCAGCUGCCAUGGCCAGCGGAGCCCACCGCGCAGGCAGCUAGAGGAGCCGCGAAGGGAAACGGGCGCCCUCCCGCCCUGCCUGCCUGCCCUCCCUCCGUUCUCCCCCCGCCAUCCUCUCCAGACGACCGGGAAGAGGAGAGGCUGCCGCCCCCCGCCUCCCUCUCCCCUCGCCCGCGGAGGCAACUCCAAGGACACCCCGAGGCAAUGUCCAAGGGCUUGAAAAAGAAAAGCCACUGGACGAGCCGGGUCCACGAAUGUGUCAUCGCCCGCAACGCCGAGGGCCAGCUGGGCUUCGAGCUCAAGGGGGGAGCCGAGCACGGGCAGUUCCCCUACCUGGGGGAGGUCAAGGCCGGCCAGGUGGUCUACGAGAGCGGCGGCAAGCUGGUGCCCGAGGAGCUGCUCCUGGAGGUGAACGAGACCCCCGUGGCCGGGCUGACCAUCCGGGACGUGCUGGCCGUGAUCAAGCACUGCAAGGACCCCAUCCGGCUCAAGUGUGUCAAGCAAGGUGGAAAGCCCAAGAUAGCUACAUUCUUCCAGCCCUGGGGAGUCCUGAGCAGUGGAGGCGUUGUUGAUAAAGAUCUUCGUCACUACCUCAAUUUGCGGUUCCAGAAGGGCUCAGUGGACCACGAGCUGCAACAGAUCAUCCGAGACAACCUCUACCUCCGAACUGUGCCAUGCACUACAAGGCCUCAUAAGGAGGGUGAAGUCCCUGGUGUGGAUUAUAUUUUCAUCACUGUUGAAGAUUUUAUGGAACUGGAGAAAAGUGGUGCUCUCUUGGAAAGUGGAACAUAUGAAGCUGAAUUCUCAAACUGUAAACCUUUCAGCGUUUGA